UACAAUCGGGCGUUUUACAUAAACAACGUGACUUGUUGAUAGUAACCGCAGUCCAUCCUUCUUUACUUUCCUCACUGCAGCCCUACGUCCCCCAAUCUACCAUCUUCCUUCAGUGCUAUGCGUCCUCGAAACUUAUCCUUCCCUCUCUUUCUCCUCUGCCUCUCUCAGGCGGCUCUCCUCGCCGAAAUCACCAAACGGGAGGAUGACCCAUUCAGAGAGGUCUUUUUCCCUCCGCGUUCGAAAUUGAUAGCCCACGGGACACUUUCGUCCCUUGGUUUUCUCUUUUUCUUACCCAUCGGCAUCCUCAUUGCCCGAUACCGCUCUCUCAACCCAUCAUACUGGCUCAGAGUUCACCUCGUCAUUCAAACCUUCGCAGCCCUUCUUAUCAUUUCGGGUUUUGCCAUCGGUGUCAACUACAAUCACGACGCAUAUGACGGAUACGAUUAUCGCAACAGAAUAGGAAUCGCAUUGUUCGUCCUCUAUCUCGUCCAAUUUUCGCUCGGUUUCUUCAUCCAUUACAUAAAACUCCCAUCACUCAACCCUUUCCUCUCUUCAUCAUCGAAACUUGCAUCUACACCACAGUCACAACCCCCUCACCCACUCGCAACACACCCACCACAAAACAUCUUCCAUGUCAUCAUAGGUCUUACGAUUCUUUGUCUAUCGAUUUACCAAGUUCGAACUGGAUAUAGGGAUAUGUACCCUUUGUGGACUGGACUGGACACGCCGGGAACGGGAUGAUGUUGCAGCGUCGGGAUGGGGAAUACGAGAACGAUAGUGCGAAUGCGACGUUGGGUUGGAAUGGAGAAUAAUAAAACCUUUCUUUUGGCGAUGUGGCUAGGGAGGGUGCAGUUUCGAAGGUCCGUAUGGUAUGGUAUGGUAUGGAUUUGGAUAAUGUGUUGCCGUUAGCGCUUUGA